GACGACGUUGAUGAUUAUAUUGGCGCCAUCUUGGAUGUCGCCAUCUUGCUUUGAAGGCUUCGCUUGAGUUUAUCAAAGCUUUUUGGGCUGUUUUCAAAUCUCCAAAUCGUAAUUGGAGUGAUAGAGGUACAACUUGGAUUGUUAUCUCUGUUAGAGUAAUGAGUAAUCGCGUGUAUCUGGGGCGCUUGCCCUACGGCACUCGAGAAGACGAUGUGAAGAAGUUUUUCUACACCUACGGGCGCUUCAAAAUACGCGAAAUUAUACUCAAGGAUGGAUAUGGAUUUGUGGAGUUUGACUAUUCUGACGAUGCAGAAGAUGCAGUUUACGAGUGUAAUGGCAAGAAAAUGCUUGGAGAAAGGAUUCUUGUGGAGCCUGCAAGAGGGACAUCCAAGGGUGGGUACAGUAGUGGCAGACGCGGAAGAGCCAGAGACAAAUAUGGGCCCCCUCUAAGGACACCUUGGCGCAUGACAGUCGAGAACCUAUCAAGUCGGGUCUCGUGGCAGGACCUCAAGGAUUACUGCCGGCAAAUUGGUGAUGUAACCUAUGGAGAUGCCCACAAGCAAAAGCAAGGGGAAGGGGUCAUUGAGUUUGCAACUAAAAAAGAUCUCAAAAAAGCCCUGAGGAAGCUGGAUGGCAAGGAGCUUAAAGGGAAGAGGAUUCGUCUUAUUGAUGAAAGCCCUCGUUCACACUCAAGAUCUAGGAGUAGGUCAAGGUCUCGUAGUAAAUCAAGAUCCCAUUCGCGAUCAAAGUCACGAUCCAGAUCUCGCAGCAACUCACCAUCACGGAAAUCACGCAAGCGCAGACACAGCUCACGAUCUAGAUCAAAGUCCCAUUCCAGGUCAAAAUCUCGUUCCAAAUCUCGCUCGCGCUCGCGCUCCCGAUCACGCUCCAAGUCUCGCUCACGUUCUCCACGAAGAUCUAAAUCACGAUCCAGAUCUCCCUCGCCCAAGAGAGACAAGGUGGAUGAUGAAGCAAGAGGUGGGUCUCCUCCUCCCAAGGAGGGGAAUGUGAAUGGAGACCAGCAGGAAUAGCUUGGCAUGUUAUAGUAUGUUUAGGUUAAGAUUGUUGGAAAUGUUAGCAACAACUUAACCCAACGUUAUUCCAACACGUAUUCUUUUCUUCGAUGCAUGUGUGAUCAUUCCUGGCACCACAAAGUGGUGGUCAUCUGUAACCCCAAUGGUCUGUUAGGUAGAAAACAGAUUGAACAUAGCACAGAGCUAUAAAUCAGAUUUUUGUUAUUUUUGUCUCCCAGAGUUUUCCUUGUUAAUGUUCCCUUUUUGCUCAAGGUUAAGGAUGUAGCUAGAUCAAGUUUUAUAUACUAGCACUUAUGUGUGUUUAUUAGUAAGCCAAGGGUAACGUAUGUUUCACUAAAGAUAACAUUAAAUGACUGAUUGUGAA